CAUUAAUGCAUUGGAUUCAUUGUUGUUGUUGUUUUGUAAAAAUACAUUUUAUCAAAAUCGGAAAUCAUUUGGAAAUUCUCUGCUUCGUAACAUCAUAGAUUUCACCAGUUUUAAGUCAUAACAGAGAAGAGUUAAUACAGGAUUUCGGACGAAGGGUUCAACUUAAAGAGCUGGAUUGGAGAUGAAUUAAAUAUUGAGAUUGAUUCAAGGGGAAAACAUCACUUCCCCUUCAGGGCAACAGAUAAGGUGAAUGGUCGUGAUCUGUCUCAGGCGUCACACCAGGAGGCCGUGGAGUCAUUCCGUACCACCGAGGAGCCGAUAGUGGUCGAGGUGCUGAGGCAUGUCAACAAGAAUAAAACGAAAACACACCCCACCACCAGCAACAUGGUCUCCAUAGGAACCCAGACUGAGGAAGCCAUUUAUGGAUACAACAGACCCCCUACGCCACCCCUGUCUUUCUAUCCGUUUCUGUACAGUGGAAUGACAAGUACACGGAAAAGUCCUCUUCUGGCGACCUCCAAAAAGUACAAAAGAAGAAAACUAGACAGAGAAUGCAUUGUCAUGGGAAGUGACACAGAAAGCGAGACUGCAAUUAAAGAGGAAUAUGAUUCCACAACCCACACUGAUGUAAACUCUAUACAUUCUAUGGUAGGUCUGAAUACCUUAAAUUCAGACCAAAGACUAGAUGACUUUAACUCUGUUUGUGUCAAAAUGGAGACCAAUGAAUGGUAUAAUGCGGCUGCUGGUUUAUAUUCUAUGUGUGCCAAAUCAGAACAGGUUCUACAGGAAGAGAUACAGCAAAAAAGCAACAAACAAGAUAGCUUCAAUUUAGAACAAUAUUGUGAUAAAUCAAUUAAAAAAGAGGUUCUUACAAAUCAGUCCAUUGGUUUUACAAUUUUUAAAUUGGCAGAUAUUGAUGUGAAAUCAGAAGCAGUGAAUUCAAAUCUGGUAGAAAACUCUGGUAAAUGUGCUUCUGAUGACUUUGAAGAGUUAUUCAUUGAAAGAAACAAAAGGAAAAGCAAGAGCUAUCAUUCAACUCUUCCGUCACCAAAAAGGGUUCCUGGUCAAGGGUCGUCCAGAGGCGAAGUCAAGCCAAGGGUUACAGAGAAUGCUGCAAAAAGGACUGUCCCCCAUUUUCUGAAACCAGCUAAGAGGAAGUUGAACGAAAAGGGUGACCUAGUGAGUGUUAAGAGAGUUAAGGAAGUCAAGACCCCAGAAAAGGACAAGAUUCAGAACAGUUUCGGAGAGAGUAACCUAGCUAGCUGUAUAAUCCUGGAACCUCCAGAUGAUGACAACUUGCUCUACUGUGGAGAAUGCAACAAGGAGUUUGAAGGGGACUGCCCUGUCCAUGGACCCUACAACUACGUACGGGACAAAGAGAUGCCAGAAGGGGACCCCCAUAGAGCUGACCAUACCUUGCCAGAUGACCUUGAAAUAAAAACUUCAAAAAUAAUUGGAGCUGGUCUUGGGGUAUUUUCAAAAGUAGGACUGGAUUCCAGGAUCAUGUUUGGACCGUAUGGGGGCGAUAUCAUCACUGACAACUCUAAGUCAGGAUAUUGCUGGCAGAUCUAUAAGGACGGCAAAGCGAGCAACUUUGUGGAUGCCCAGGACAAGGCCACCUCUAACUGGAUGAGAUAUGUGAACUGUGCAAUGACAGAGGCAGAUCAGAACCUUGUAGCAUUCCAGUAUAAAGGAGGCAUCCAUUACUGCACAUUCAAGCCAGUUUCACCAGAAGAGGAACUGCUUGUCUGGUACGGAGAUGAAUACGCCAGAGAACUAGGCAUCAUCAGAGACAAGAAUUUGCUCUUCAGACCUAAAUAUGUCAAUGGAGAAGAAAUUUUCCAAUGUGUGUACUGCAAGACAGCAUUCUCUAGUGCAGUCCCCUGUGCGCGUCAUUUGAGGAAAAUGCAUGGUGGUGAUAAACUUACAUCCAAUGAUAUGCAAGUGCUGGACCAGUGGCUUCGAGAAAAUGAUCAAACAUAUCUUAAAAAGUAUUCAAAACAUUUAAAUCUCACAACCAUUAACACAAAGCUGCACAGUAGUUCAAAAGUUAAACAUAAUAAAAGUCACAUUUCACAAAGUGCAUGUGAAAAGCAAUUAAAAUGUGCAAUAUUACAGAAGAAGAACAUAGAAAAUACUGAUGAAAAGGAGUACAAUCGUGAGGUGUCCAACUAUACUAGUAAUAACCGAAGUCACAUGAAGACACACAUGAGGCUACAAACAGGAGAGGGACUUUACAAGUGUGAGGUGUGUGGUUAUGAAUGUUACCAUACUGGCAAUUUGAAGACACACAUGAGGAUACAUAUAGGAGAGAAACCAUAUAAGUGUGAGGUGUGUAGUUAUGAAUGUAACAAUUAUGGCAAUUUGAAGACACACAUGAGGAAACAUACAGGAGAGAAACCAUAUAAGUGUGAGGUGUGUAAUUAUGAAUGUAACAAUUAUGGCAAUUUGAAGACACACAUGAGGAAACAUACAGGAGAGAAACCAUAUAAGUGUGAGGUGUGUAAUUAUGAGUGUACCCAUAUUGGCAAUUUGAAGACACAUAUGAGGAUACAUUCAGGAGAGAAACCAUAUAAGUGUGAGGUGUGUAGUUAUGAAUGUAGCCGGAGUGGUAUGUUAAAGACACACAGGAGGAUACAUACAGAAGAGAAGCCAUAUAAGUGUGAGUUGUGUGGUUGUGAAUGUAAGCGGAUGGAUUCCUUGAAGAGACACAUGAGAAUACAUACAGGAGAGAGACUGAACAAGUGUGAGAUGUGUGGUUAUGAAUGUCACCAGAGUGGUGACUUGAAGUCACACAUGAGGAUACAUACAGGAGAGAAACCAUACAAGUGUGUGGUGUGUAGUUAUGAAUGUAACCAGAGUGGAACCUUGAAGAGACACAUGAGGAUACACACAAGAGUGGGCCUGCACAAGAGUGUUCCUUGAAGAUACACAUGAAUGACAUGAUGAUACAUACAGGAGAAAGACUGUACAAGUGUGAGAUGUGUGGUAAAGCAUUUUACCAGAGUGGUCACUUGAAGACAAACAUGAGGAUACAUACAGGAGAGAGACUGUGCAAGUGUGAGGUGUGUGGUUAUGCAUUUAACCGGAGUUUUCACUUCAAGAAACACAUGAGGAUACAUACAAGAGAGAGACUGUACACUUGUGAGGUGUGUGGUUGUGAAUUUAACCAUAGUGGUUCAUUGAAGACACACAUGAGGAUACAUACAGGAGAGAGACCGUACAGUAUGCAUGUAACUAGAAAGGUAAUUUGAAGAAACACUCACUGGCACAAACAGAAGAGAUAUUACCAGUAUGAGGUGUGUAGUUAUGCAUGAAUCCGGAGUGGUUACUCGGAAGACACACAUAAGGAUACAUACAGGGUAGAGACACCCUCGUUGGGUUAAAACUUGCCCCGUCCUGGAGCUUUUAUGUAUUAAUUGUAUCGUAUGUAUAAAUUAUUGUGAAAACUUCAAAAAUCUAUGAAACCAUAA